GCGAGUCGCUCGGUCUCGGCAGCGUUCAUCCAUUCUGUGCGGCACUCCCCGUACAGCUCCGUGCGUCCUCGGUGCGACCCGGGGUGUUUCUCUACGCUCCUCGAACAAAACGCGGGACGAAAAGCUACACGGAAUAACCUUCAGCAAACCUUCCGCGACACGGAUUCCGGCAUCAGAGAGGACAUGGAGUGACGGAGAGCGGGAGAAAGGGGCUUUUUCCGAGGACGGCGUGCUCCGCUGAAACCCAACAUGGCGCUGCUGCGAGGUACGGCCGAGCUGAAUUAAUUUCUCCGCGAGUCCGCCGACCUCGCCACCUGUAUCCUGUGGGGGCCGCACGGCUCACUCGCUCUCCCACUUUAAAGGACCUUAACGGAUUUUCUUUUGUGGAUUUCUCCUCACCGUGCCGUUUGUUUUUCCUCCGCGCAGGAUCUUUUUUUGUUGCUUUAUGGCAACCCAAGUGACAUUUGCAGCAGCAAAAAAGUCCGCUCGAAAUAUAGGUUAAUGGAUGAGAGUUGCCUGCAGACAAUAGAAUAAGGACCGAGAGCUUUAUAUGUAAGACUUGUUUUGUUUCGUGACAAGUGGAUAACCUGUUAGACACUUUUAGCUGUUUUUUUUUUCUUUGGCUGGGAUUGUGUGUCUCCAGCAGACAGGACCGUAACCGGGCUAGACUACGCACGCACGGAUCGCUGUCCUCCUUGUUAACUUGGAAAAACAGGAAAAGGCGUGAGUUGAGGCGCACGGACGACGGCUGGAAGUAGCACCAAUUAACCAGGGCAACAUCUGUUCGUGAUGUCGAUGUUGAGACACAAACCAACCUGGAACUAAGACAAGGGAACCACAUCACACAAAACAUGGUGGAUGCAAGGUUGACGCCCCUGGCUGCGAUGGGGCUGGAUCGAGGCACUCUGAUGCAUGAUGGUCUCCGCCUCCAUGGUGGGGUUGUAUACCCUGGCAUCAGAACGCUCCCAGCAGAGAAGAGCCGGGAGACGCCCUCCCUCCCCCUCACUUAUAACAGAGACGGUCUCCCGGAGCUCAUCUACAAGCCCGAUGGGGCUCUGGACAAUCGUAAGCCCUCUAAUGGAUACCUGGGCCUUUAUAAGGGCACUCCUCCUGGUCUCCACAAGCCUGUUCUGGUUCCUGGAGCUGAAAGUCUGGGCUUGGAGCGCAGAGUAGGGCCGGGUGAAAAGGCAUCCGAACUGGGCUUGGCAGGUGCUGGCAGCAGCUACCUCCGCCUGCCAUGGCUCAGCCCUUACCCGGAGGCAAGCAUGUAUCCCUUUAUGGACACAUCCAAGUAUGCAGCUCUGAACAUGUACAAAGCCUCCUUGCUCAGUCAACCCAACCCCUAUCUUCCCCAGCACCUACCCUACCCUUCUCUGUGUGCAACCCAGGGGGGCAACCCUGCUGCAGCUGCCUCUGCUGCUGAGCGGCUCUACUACAUGCCCCCCUAUCCUCCGUCCCCUAUCUCUUCUCCACUGGUGGCGCCCCCCAUGAGGAUUCCUUCAGUCACAGUGGCCCCCACAUCAUUGGUACACUGCCAGGACAAGGGGCUCGGUGUUGCGCCUCAGUUUGCACAGCAGCUCCACCAACCUUCCCCUCAUUCUCAGCACCAUCAGGCUGCUUUAGACAGGGACCGGUCCCCGAACAGGAGCAGCCGACCAAGCAGGCCUCCCUCUAGGAAGAGCUCUAGCAGCAACAAUAAUACCAGUAGCACUAGCACUAGUGGCGCCAAUGGGGGGAAUAAUAAUAGUCUGCCUACUGAUUCUUCUCCUCAUGCAUCUUCUCGCCUCCCCCAACCUCCCCCUCCUCCUGCCCUCAUUGACAAUUCACUCGAUUUACAAAGGCCAGUUGCCAGGAUAGGACACCCACCCACCUCCUCCACUUCCUCAAUAUCUGCCCCAUCCUCAACCACGCAGUCCAUUCCUCAUCCAUUCUCAGUAAGCAGCAUGGCAUCAGAGCAGCCCUCCCCAGCCCGGCCCAGCCCUCACAAACCAAGGGCAAGAGACGGAGCACCUGAACAUAGGAGUGCAGGAGUUGAGAGGAGACCCAGCAGGUCACCGUCCAAACCCAAUUAUGAGAGGCCAGCUCACCAACCCCAAGCAACCAAAGACUCGGCAGAAAAGCCGUUGGAUUUGUCUGGAAGAAUGCUGGAGUUCGGGCUGCCUCCCAAUGGAUUCCCAGUUAAAAUGGACAAUAUGGCAUCAGGUGCACGUUACGGGCUGCCCCCUAGCCGAGAGCUUCUAAAAGAAAGCCUGUCCCUGUCUCCAUCCUCCCACCCGCACUCUGUGGUCAGCAGCACUUCUUCAAAGGUCCAAGAGAGGCCGGAAAUGAUCAGCACUUUACACUCCUCCUGGGUUGUGCCUAGCCCGUCUCCUUCGCAUACACAGCACACACCAGGCUUGCCCCCCUCCCCACGGCCUAACACAGACCUGGGCCUCACACAAGCCAAAGGUUCCUCACCCUCGGUCAUCAAACACAAGGGUCUGGAGAGAGUGCUCCCUCAGCAGCGUAGCUCAUCCUGUCCAAGAAUAGGGGAGCCCAACCAUAAUGUCCCCUCCACUCAGCACUCCUCUCUGGUCAGCUCCAGGCCUCUUUCUCCCAAACCCAAUGGCGAGUGGGUCAAACACAGCCCGAGUCAAUCAGAGCAUCCGAGCCACCACAGGGAGGCAGCGGAGAAGUCCUCCCAGCCCACUAAGAGAGCUGAAACAACUCCAGAGGUGGCUUCAUACAAGAGGCCCUGUUUGGAGAAUGGUCACCCUCCUGGCAUUUACCUUCCCCAAAGUGACACUUACCUGAACCACAGUUUGGCCUAUGCCAAUAGAUACCUGCCCUACCCCCUCCCUGACGGCAUGGCACUACACUCUCUGCAGAUUGCAGGGAAAGGCCCAGUCUAUCCUCACCCAGUGUUACUGGGCAGCAACAGCCUUUACCCUACCCACUUGGCAGCAAAACACCCUUUACCCUACCACAACCUCCCAGCUGGUCCAGGAGGGGAAUACCUCACAUAUAACUCACAGGAGAUGGCCCAUCCCCUGAUGCAGACUCAUCCUGACAAGCCUCGGGCACAGGAGAAAUCCCGGGCAGCUGUGGAUGAAAGCGGGGGCCACAGAGAUCACAACAAAGAGAUAGGCGAUGGAAGCCAAAUUAAGUCCGAUAGGGAAGCAGGAGCACAAGGACAGAGCGGUAAUCAAAGCAAAACCCCCUCUUCCUCUGUGACAUCCAGAGAAAAGAUUGUCUGCAUUGACCUUGUGCACUCAGACACGGAUAUUGAGUCUACUACGCCAACAGUCCACAAACAGCCAUCUGCUGAGACCAGCAGCAAGGUUAACCAAAAUGAAUGUUGUCAUAGUAACCAAAAUCUGACAAAGACUGACUAUGAGCCAAAACACCUCCUUUCACAUCCUUAUCCGAUCCAGUCGGGACACAGCCCCACCCUGAAGCUCAAUCACACUGACAGACAGCCAGAAACUCCUUUUGGGAAACCAAAGGUCCUUCAGGACACAAACUGUCCCGGGGUGACAUCUAACACGUCCCCAGAAUCUCCAGGGCAGUUCACUCAAGCAGAAGAGAGCCCGGAGGAACAGAGCCCCAGCCCGGACCCUGGAGACCAAGACCAGAGCACCUUGCGCUGUGCCCGCACCUCGGGGGAGCGUAGCUCCGGUAAGGACAAAGGGGACAGAGAUAGCAGAGCUCCUCACUUCAUACAGAACCACACAGAUGUGGUGAAGGAGGAGAGAGUGUGCGAGGGGGAAACUGAAAAGGAAGACAGUAUUGUCGACCUAGGGGAGUCUCAAGGAGAAGGGGAUGAGGACGAAGAGGAGGAUAGCCAGACUUCAUCCAAAGGCUGUCGUAGAUCCAGUCUGGCCAAGAGGAUCGCUAACUCCUCAGGCUACGUUGGCGACCGCUUUAAAUGUGUCACCACCGAGCUGUAUGCUGACUCCAGCAAGCUGAGCCGAGAACAGAGAGCCCUGCAGAUGGAAGUCAUAUCACGAGAGGGGAGUAAUAUAAGUCAACCUGCAGCUAACUGGGAGCGGGCAAUGAUGCGGUUCUCGGAGCUGGAGCUGAAGGAGAAGGAGGGCGGCGGUGUGUGUGUGUCUGCCUCGGCAGCAGCGGCAGCAGGACGGGAGCUGGCAGACGGCCAGCGCAGAGAGCGAGCGCUGGAACACUGCCAACACACCACCAGGCAGGGAGAGAGGGAGGGUGUCCGGCCGGCGUACACAAACAACAGAGUUCCAGUCCUGCAGAGGUGCGGUGGCCUGAAAGAGCCUUUGUCCCCGGGGCAUGGGCCCCGAGAGAGGCCCAAAGGUGCCAGCCAAGGAGGGCUAAAUGACGGAGCCAGGAAGGUGAAGAGGGAGUCAGAAGGAGGUCACAGUUUGCCCCCUGUUUUGACUCCAGCAAAGGGGUUUCCCGAGGAGAAGAAGGUCAGCCCCGCAUUUGGUCCCAACAGGAAACGCCAGCUUUGCCUCAAGGCUGAGCAGGAGGACACAGAGUGGGAGGACGGAGAGAGGGCAUCCCACCCAGAGAAGAGAGCCAAGAUUACCACGGAUGAGCGCGAGCACGCCAGCCCCGAUGAAGACGACGACGACGAGGUCCGGAAGCUCAAAGUCUGCAUCGAGCUGAAGGGACUGCGACUCAGCAAGCCUGCCGCCGGUGCAGCUUCCCCUGACGGCUCCUUCAUCAAGCAGGAGAGGCCGUGGCCCCAGCCUCGAUUGGUGGCCCCAGUGCAGAGCAUACGGGAUCGCAAGAUCAGGCCCGGUGAGCCGGAGGACAGAGCAGCAGCGCACAGAGCCGAGAUCAACAGGAAGUGGGGCUGCGAGAAGCUACAUAAUGGAGUAGCUGCUUCUCCCCUUCCCCCCGGCCAGCUGAAGGACAGAGCGCACCCGCCGGGCCCCUUCUCAGGUGACCGUGGCCUCAAGGAGCCCAGGAGGGGCCCCCCCUCUCCGGGCCCAGAGCCGUCAGUGGGAGGCACCCCUCCUCUCAAGCCCCGUCGCCAUAGUGACACGGACAAACCCAAGGGCAAGCGGCCGUGCAAGACCAAGCACACCAGUCAGAGGGAGCGAGAGCGCGAGCGGGAGAAAAGGAAAGAGGCCACACCUAACAGCCCGGGCCAGCGCUGCGUGGCUGAUCUGGGAGCAGUCGAAGAUGACAAGCUGAGUGAGCAGCGUGGCGCUGCGAGGAAGGGAGCCGCCUCUCCUAAUCAUUAUCCCUGCUCUCCAGUCAAGCCCUGCUCCCCCGCCGCGCUCUGUCCGCCCUCGCUGCAGCCCCAGGCGAACGGCAGAGCGGGCGGCGUCCCACCAGAGGCGGCGGGGGUGCACAGGAUCCCCGCCGCCGAGCCCCCCGCGGUGCGCCCAAUCCCGCCAGAGGCUCGUCGGCUGAUCGUGAACAAGAACGCCGGGGAGACUCUGCUCCAGAGAGCCGCGCGGCUGGGCUACGAGGAGGUGGUGCUGUACUGUCUGGAGAACAGAGUAUGCGAGGUGAAUCACAGAGACUACGCCGGUUACUGUGCUCUCCACGAGGCGUGCGCCCGCGGUUGGCUCAGCAUAGUCCAACACCUGCUGGAUUACGGGGCGGACAUCAAUUGCAGUGCACAGGAUGGCACCAGGCCGAUUCACGACGCUGUGGAGAAUGACCACCUGGACGUGGUGCGAGUCCUGCUGUCUUAUGGCGCUGACCCCACCUUGGCCACAUAUUCUGGCCGUGGCCUGCUCAAGAUGACCCACAGCGACAGCAUGGAGCGCUUCCUCACUGAUUAUUUUGCUGACCUUCAGGGCCGCUCAGAUGACGACCCAGGGCUUUAUUGGGAAUUCUAUGGCAGCGCUGUGUGCGAGUCAAACGAAGAAGGCGGCGUGUACGACAUCCUGGCCGACCCCCCGGGCCCAGACGACGAGGAGGAGGACGAUAAGAGGGAGGUGUUUGAGUUCGAGUUCUCCGACCGACCUCUGCUGCCUUGCUACAACAUCCAAGUGUCCCUCUCUCAAGGGCCGAGAAACUGGUUGCUACUGUCCGACGUGCUCCGUCGGCUGCGGAUGUCAGGCCGCGGCUUCCGGCAGGCCUUCCCCCACAUGGAGGUUGUGACGGUCGCAGAGGCCGAGUUUUACCGGCAGGCCUCCCUGUCGCAGCUCUUCUCCUGCCCGGAGGAGCUGGAGGGCUUCCACGCGGACAGCAAGGACCUGCUGGACCUGGUGGAGGACAGCGCCGAGCUGGCCGCUCUUCUGGGCUCCACACUGGAGUGCCUGGACGACCGCUGGGACCACCCAGGGGACAAACUGAAGGACAAAAUCAAGGCUAUUGGCAAGUUGGGCUCCUCCUGACCCCUGGAGCCACUAAACCCGGACCUUGAUCCUUACCGACUGCAGUUUGCUUUAGAACCACGCAGGGGUGACGAUGAUUUGCCUUAGCCUGUAGUUCCCACGCUGCUCUGGACCAGCACUGUACAGACGGACUGACCUGCUGGCUGACCAGGCUGCUUAAACGUUUCCCUCCGUUAACUGAGGAUCAAUACAUUUGUGACUCAAUAGACUUAAUAAUGGUCUUAUUUUUAUAAAUUAA